GACUAAGCGGGGGUGUGAGGAGUCUUUCACUAAAUAUCACAGAAAGCAUCUGCCUCAGUGUUCUUAGUUUGCAUUGGGAGAAAGGAGGCUCGUAAAGGAAAGGGAAGGGAAUCCAAUCUGUCAAUAGCAGAGCCGCUGACCACAGGUGUGCAGGUGUUAAGACGGGCACUGAACUAGGUGGCAGGAGUCUCAGGGUCGAGAUCUGGAUCUUAUAUUAACUGUGAGUGGCUCUGGACUCUCUUCCCCUCUCUGGCGCUUAGUUUCCUGGCCUGCAAAACUCCUAUUAGGCUGGCAUCUCGAAGUAUCCUUCCAGCUCGGACACUGUCAUUCUAGUAGAGGAGUGACGGCACCCUAGGACGGGGUGCUGAAAAUGUGAAAGGGAAAGUGUCGGGGUUUGUAGUCCACUGAACUUCUCUGGAGGUCUCCCCGCCUAAGGAUGCUUCCGUUGCCACGGCAACCAACCAGGCGGCUUGGUCCCCCGGCGUCCCGCUGAGGAAGCUGGGAAGAACCCUGACCUUACCAAGAUGGCGGCGGCCACAGGGCAAGGGGCGGGGUUGAGCGCCGUCGGCCUGUCCGGACGUUUCCUCUCUUUCCGCUUUUUCAUGCUAAAGGGGACCUUCCGUCAAUACUUGUUCUCCUUUCUCGUUCUGGGAACCCCGGGAGGCAGGGAGGGAAGGGUUGCCUGUAGGGACCCAGGCAAAUACCCAGUGCGGGAAGACGGGACUUCCGCGUCCCCCCGGAAGUGACGCGACAGUCGCGGCCGCCGACAGGUGGAACGGCAGGUGGGUUCAGGUGCCAGCCUGGCCCGGACCCGGCUGUGGUACUGACGCUUCCGGUGAGCGACAGAGGCGAGCUCCCAAGGGCCUGUAGACCCGUGGGGCGGGCUCUGGAAUCUGAGGCUCCGCCCUGGCCUGGAGUUCCCCCCUGUACCUAUUCCCCAUUCCCCUGCCGAGCUGGGCAGUUAGCCAGCACACUGAAACUCUCGGAACCAUGUUUGCAGACUUGGAUUAUGACAUCGAGGAGGAUAAACUCGGAAUCCCUACCGUACCUGGGAAGGUGACCUUGCAGAAGGAUGCUCAGAACCUGAUUGGGAUCAGCAUUGGAGGAGGAGCCCAGUACUGUCCCUGCCUGUAUAUUGUCCAGGUGUUUGACAACACCCCAGCCGCGCUGGACGGCACCGUGGCAGCUGGCGAUGAGAUCACCGGGGUCAAUGGCAGGUCAAUCAAAGGAAAAACUAAGGUGGAGGUGGCCAAGAUGAUUCAGGAGGUGAAGGGGGAGGUGACUAUCCACUACAACAAGCUGCAGGCGGACCCCAAGCAGGGCAUGUCCCUGGACAUUGUGUUGAAGAAGGUGAAGCAUCGGCUGGUUGAGAACAUGAGUUCGGGGACCGCAGAUGCUCUGGGCCUGAGCCGGGCCAUCCUGUGCAAUGAUGGGCUUGUCAAGAGGCUUGAGGAGCUGGAGCGGACCGCCGAGCUGUAUAAAGGGAUGACAGAACACACCAAGAACCUCCUACGGGCCUUUUAUGAGCUGUCGCAGACUCACCGGGCCUUUGGGGACGUGUUCUCCGUGAUUGGGGUGCGGGAGCCCCAGCCAGCUGCGAGCGAGGCUUUCGUGAAGUUCGCCGACGCCCACCGCAGCAUUGAGAAGUUCGGCAUCCGGCUGCUGAAGACCAUCAAGCCGAUGCUGACGGACCUGAACACGUACCUCAACAAAGCCAUCCCAGACACUCGCCUCACCAUCAAGAAGUACCUGGACGUGAAGUUUGAGUACCUGUCGUACUGCUUGAAGGUGAAGGAGAUGGACGACGAGGAAUACAGCUGCAUUGCUCUAGGGGAGCCCCUGUACCGCGUGAGCACAGGCAACUACGAGUACCGCCUGAUCCUGCGCUGCCGCCAGGAGGCCCGCGCUCGCUUCUCCCAGAUGCGCAAGGACGUGCUGGAGAAGAUGGAGCUGCUGGACCAGAAACAUGUCCAGGACAUCGUGUUCCAGCUGCAACGCUUUGUGUCCACCAUGUCCAAGUACUACAACGACUGCUACUCAGUGCUGCGUGACGCCGACGUCUUCCCCAUCGAGGUGGACCUGGCCCACACCACGCUGGCCUACGGCUUCAGCCAGGAUGAGUUCACUGACGGCGAGGAUGAGGGGGAGGAAGACGAGGAGGACACAGCAGCCGGGGAGCCGUCCAGGGAUGCACGAGGGGCUGCCGGGCCCCUGGACAAGGGCGGAAGCUGGUGUGACUCCUGAGUGCCCCCUUGGGGUGCGGAUCUGGGGGGUAGGGCGAGUGGGAGGACGGCAGCAUGGGAGUGGGGGCAGGGCUGCCGCACAACAGGGUGGCGCAUAAAGGCCUGCUGGCUUGGGGCGCCUGCGUCCCUGCUCCUCUGUCCCAGCACAGCGAACCCCAGCACCCGCCCAGGAAAGGCACCGGGCCGUGGCCUGGGACCUGGACGCUGGCCCCUCCACCUUCCCUCCCCACCUCCCCGGCCAGCUGGAGAGCUUGGUCUCUGGACCUGCCAUAGGAAGGAGAAAGAGGGCAGAAAGGAAGAGGGGCUGGAGGUGGCGGGGAGUCCAGGAGCCGUUCCUUGUGGGCACCUCCACUGGCCCCCCGGAGACCUGCCAGGAGGGGGCGCGGGUGGACCGCCGAGCUUGGGACCAGGGUUUCACGCGCACCCUCACCUUGCCCUAGGCUGGCCCCGCCCCAGUCCACACUCACCUCGGCGGCCUUGACUUGUUUUAUUCCCUCGCUCAGCCACUUCCCUGGGGAGGGGCUGGGCGCUGGGUCUGUACUGAAUAAACACAAACCCAGAUGGA